AUGUUAUAUCAGUUAUUUCUACUCGGCCUUUUCUUUUCGCAAUUCACCAUCGUUACAUCGACUUUGUUCGCUCAGAAUCUCUCAUUGGUCAAUGUUGAUCUCUAUCAAUGUGAUACUAAUGACACCAUUAGUAAUCAUACAGUUAUUCUGACGAAUACAACACUCUAUUCAUGUAAUUUUACCUGUUGUCGACAAAGAAGUCAAACAAAUAUAUGUCAAGUAACAACUUUAUCGUCAACUGGUGCUUGUUUUGGUCGUCUUUGUUAUUCUGGUGAUUGUUCAACUUUGAUAGACGGAACAUUGUCACAGAAUACGAGAAAUACCAGUGAUAUUCUCAAUAAAAUUCGUUCGUCGAUAUCGUCUCUCUCUUGGCCAAUCUUGCCAAACUCUACGCGAGUCAAAUGGAUUCAAUGGAAAGAUAAAAAUACUUCAUCGAUUCGUUCGAGUAUCUUAAUCAUGUUAUUAAUUACGAAUAUUUCUUUGACAUUAUUAACAUUAUUCGUCAUUGUCAGGUCGGUUAAGUAUGCGAGAUAUAUUGCAAAGAAAAAAGCACGACGUUAUUCACUAUUUUAA